AUGGUACGCGGUGCGUCGAAAUGGAUUUGUGGGGAAAGCGGUGAAUGGAAAAAAAUUGAUGACACUGUAAUCAGGUCCAAUCCAGACGAAGCAUAUCUACCCAGAUGUCGACCAAGAUGCGGCGAGCGAUUGGUGAAAGACCCUGCAACUGAACCGUUAAUUUCUGGAGGUAAACUUGUAGCAAAAAUAGGAGGUUGGCCGUGGAUGGUAUUUAUCGAUUUCAAGGAUGACCGGCGUAAGAAUCAUUUUCCUAAUCUAUUUUACUCCAAAGUUGAAAGAUUAGAGCAAGUGCAACAUGAUCCAAUCGACGUUUGGCUUGGACUACAAGACCGUUAUAACGACAAUUUUAACUUUACUCAGAAGUUACAAGCCGUACCUAACAAAAGAAGCUUGGCAGCUGAAUAUGGUUUUUCAUCCACUCAUGACGGUGAUAUUGCUGUACUUAAAUUAAACAAACCGGCAAAAUUGUCAUAUUAUGUUCAUCCAAUAUGCAUCCCUCGAUCUCCAAGUGAAAAGCAACCACAACAGCAAUAUUAUCGAGAUUAUAAAAACGCUAUUGUAAUUGGAUGGGGAAAAACAGAAUCAGAAAAUUAUUCACAACACCUGCUCAAAACAAGAGUGGGUAUAAAGAAUCAUGAUGUAUGCGUUCAAAGAUAUAGAGAUGUUGGAAUAAUUACUGAGAAUAUGAUAUGUGCAGGAUUUGAUCAUUCUGCAAACGAUGCAUGCAAAGGUGAUGCAGGAGGCCCUUUAAUGACAAAAAGUCCUAGAAAUAUAUGGUAUUUGAGUGGAGUGGUGUCUUUUGGUGACUCGAAUGCAUGCGGAUAUGCUGGUCUUUCGGGUGUUUACACCGACGUGGGAAAAUACAGUGAAUUUAUCGAAUCCCAAAUGGAAGAUUGA